UGAAGAGUCACUGGGCUUAAGAUCAUACCAAUGAAUGGUACCACCACUCUUGAUGCGGCAAAGUAUCGGGGUGCUUGUGUCGAGGACUUGGAUCUUCCUCCGGCCCUCUCUAUCGGACCCUCUGCUACUGUCGCUGAGGCCUACACUCUCGCCUCCGAACGCGAGUAUAGUCAGCUUACAGUGACGUCUGCCAAGAAUCGCCGUCUGGUGGGGUAUAUCGACAUGCGACACAUCAUGCCAGCUCUUGAAGCAGGCAAAGAUGACGAGAAGAUCAGAGAUCAUAUGGUCCGUUUCAAGAAGCGUGAAGAAUCAGAAUUGGAGUAUCAAGUCAUAACGCUGGAGACACCCCUGGAGCAAUUGGAAGCGUUCUUGUUACGAGGGCAUGAGUUUGCGAUUGUAACCGAUUCAUCUCGUCGAUUCGUUCUUGCGAUUGCUACGAAACAGGACCUGGAGGAGAGAUUCCUCAAACGGCGGCCGUCGUUUCCGGGGGUUGACCUGGAGCGGCCGAGCUUGUCAGGAUGAGGUUGGAAGAGGAGCACUGGGCGUGGGUUCGCUGCGAAGCCUCUGGCAGUUAUUAGUUUUGUCUUGAUGUAAGAGUGUGAAGGUCUUUGUACGAUUACUGGUAUGCAAUGGAAAGGGAGUAGAGGACUGUUCAAGGCUGCAAUUGAGGUCGAACACCAU